GACAUCCCUUUCCGCUUUAUGUUAUACACGUCAAACUUCACAAGAUGGCGGAGUCUGUUGACGAUACAAGCUGGGUAACAGAUCUUGAAACUGCACUCAUAGAAGAGUGUGACUUUGGAACACUUAGGAACAUCUGUAAAUGUCGCCCGGUGCCAGAUCACUUAAGGGCAGAAGUAUGGCAGAUUUGCCUAAAUGUACAGAACAAAAGUGACAGCAUGGGGACUUUUGAUGGUCUGUAUGACAUGGAGGAGCAAGGACGAGUGAGGGAGGAUUGCCGUACACUUGUUGAUAAACUUGGCAAUGAAGAGGAAGACAAAGUGUCUAUAGUCAGCGAUUUAGAGUCCAUAGCAACAUUCUUCUCCAAGUCCCGUAAUGAAAAGUACACAUCAGACAAUGGAUGGCUGGAUAUUCUACAACCAUUGUUAUCUCAGAAACUUGGACGAGGAGAGGUCUAUAACUGUUUCUACUCACUAACCAACAAAUACAUCCCCAGAGACUGUAAGAAGAAUGGGAAGCCAUUCCACUUGUUUCGCCUACUUUUACAGUACCAUGACCCAGAACUCUGUUCUUUCUUGGACACAAAGAAGAUUACACCAGAUACCUACGCACAGACCUGGUUCCGUAGUUUAUUUGCUGCUACCUGUGACCUGCAGGUCAUCAAGUACAUGUGGGAUGUGUACUUCCAGCACGGUGAUCCUUUCCUUGUCUUCUUUAUGGCGCUUGUCAUUCUCGUCAAUGCCAGGGACCAAUUGAUGUCGAGUGAGGGAGAGAGUAAGCAAACUCUUAUAGAAAUGCUGACAAUGUUUCCUGGAGGAUUGGAGGCUGAAGACAUAGAAGAUUUUUGCUCACUUGCCCAGUACUAUGCAUCUAAAACUCCUCAGUCAUUCCGCAGGGAUUACCAAGGACCACUUUUUGGCAUGAGCAUGAUCCCGGUCAGUGAAGCGUUUGGAAUCCAGGUCUCUCAGGCUCUUUGUUUACCUGUAUCAGUAGCAGAGCUGUUGCAGGCUAACAAAUCUUCCUUAAGUGGAGAUGGGGUGCGGUACUUCAUUGUGGACUGUCGACCAGCAGAACAGUACAACCGUGGCCACCUUCCCACGGCCUUCCAUUUAGAUGCUGACCUUAUGUUACAAAACCCAAUGGAGUUCAACACAGCUGUACAGGCAUUACUGGCAGCUCAACAACAGGCUAUUUUAUCAAAGUCGGUGGCUGGGGGAGAACACCUGUGUUUUAUUGGGAGUGGCCGAGAGGAAGAGGACCAGUAUGUACACAUGGUGGUGGCCAACUUCCUUCAGAAACACUACCAGUAUAUCAGCAUAGCCCGCGGCGGCUACGCAGCUGUGGUACAGGUAUUACGUGAGAAUGUGAUAGCAGACCUGGGGGAGGAGUAUACAAGGCUAUUGGAAGUUUGCAGUAUGGACGUUUGUGGUAGUGCCAGUGACGUAGAAAAUGGUGAAGAUUUCACAAGCAGGUUAAAGGGUGAAACUGGAGACGGAUCAUUAUUUGGGAAAAUCUCUAGUGUAGUGAAAAACAAAGGUGCUGUGAUGAAGCAAAAACUCACUGACUAUAUAAAAAAUGAGCACCAGCUUCCAGAGAGGCAUGUAAGUAAUACAGACAGAGUGGGCAAACGAUAUCGCAACAUGGAGAAUGUCUUCUCUAUCGACGACGACGAUGAUGCUGAAGAUCAAACUGUGAGCUCCUCCGAUGAUGAGAGGAAGGAGACCAUCAGUCUGGAGACGUGGCUAAAGAAACCUGACAUUGUGUACACAUGUAAAUGUCAGGAAGUCCUAUCAAGUGGCUACAUGUAUCCUACAUAUCUAUUUGUGACAGACUCCCAUCUCUAUGUCCUUCGAGAGAUCACAUCUCGUAAGGGCAUGGCACACAUCCAGGCACGACGGGCUCUUGGCAGCAUUGUCAAAAUCACAUCCAAAAAGAGACAUCCAGAGCUGAUCACAUUUAAAUACGGGUGUACGGAGGACGAUAACUCUAUAACGGUGUCGGACUUGGAGCGAUUCUUAAUUCCAAAAGCAGGGGAGGCAACCAAAGUGAUAAAGAUACAGAUAAUGAAAGUGCUUGAUGCACUUGAGCGGUGAUGAUGAUUUACUCGGAUUGGGAGUCAUCUUGUGUGUAUGAAUUUGAGGGAAGAUUGUUUUGUUGGUUUUGUAUAUAAUAGUUAUUAUAUUCACAUCAUGAUGAUUUUCCGAGGCUGUCUAAAUGGUGGAUAUAUAUAUCAUUGUGGUAGAAACAGGUCACAUGACUCCUGUUUUUUUUAUAUGGAAUUUAUUUCAAACUCAUAAGUUAUUUUUCAAAAGUUACAAAAGACACUUGCUAAAGCUCAUGUCUUUUUGAACUUAAAAAAAUUACUUACUCAAGUGAAAUAAAUUCCAUAUCCAACAAGCACUCGUUGUGUAACCUCUAUAUAUAUAUGUAUAUGAGUGUUUUUUGGUGAAUUUACAAACAUUAGAUAUCAGUAUGAAGUUUGUUAGAAUUAAUUUUAAUUAAUUUUGUGAUAAUUCUCGGAAAAGUCCUACAUUCUCUACAAAACCAUGUUUCUGGAGUUAAGUGAUUUGCUGAGUUGACAAACUGAGAAUUGUUCUAUAUUGUUAUACCUGGUGCUGGUGGUAGAUUUGCUGACGUACUAAAACCUGUCCUACACCUACAAUAUCACAUAUUUAGAAUGAAGGUGAUGUUUACAUACCAGGUACCACAUAGGUUACCAAAUUAGUUUUCAUUUUGAUUGAAGGAAGAGUUAAAUUUUCAAAGCAGUUAUUUCAAAACGAAACCAGUGUUUUUGCAAUAUUCAUGUCUUAUUAAGGGAAAAUACAGUACUGUAAAAUUAAUGUCUUCUUGAACAAUAUAUAAGUACAGUGCUGCAAUUGUUUUUGACUGCUAUAUGACUAAAGUUACAUAGUGAAACUGUUGUUAAAUAGUAUUAUUAGCUCACCUGGCGCAAUUAUUCUGACUUCUGUAGAAAUGUUAGUACAUAUUCGAUGCAAUAUGCAGGUGAGCCAUACAGGCUUUUUGGGUCUCUUGUUGGUUUUGUUUGCAUUUUGCUUUUUAUAAUUGUGUUUUUGUUGAUUCCACUCUUUUCUGUUGACCUGGUAUCUAUUAAAUCUGUGAUAAAAGAAAUUCUACUUCACCUUAGGAAAGUUAUUGGACCUUGACCUGGUAUUAUUCACGAUUUGUAAGUUAAACCACCGAACUUGUAUUGUCAAAUGGAGGUUAGUUUGACCUCUGACAUUGUAAUUUUAAAAUUGAGGUUAAAAAUUCUUUUUUUAUGAAAAAUAUCAAUUAAUAACGAUUAGAAUAGGUUUUGUUAGGUUAGCUAAGAUGAAGUCUCAAGUGACCUAUUCUAAUCAACUUUUAUCUGUCGCCGUUCGCCAUCUGUCGUAUGUUAGUGAACAAUUUUUAUUUUCCACUUGAACCCCUGAACCAAUUUCAACGAAAUUUUGCAGAAACAAGGGGCUAAUAGGCUGAGCCAAAUUGAUGAAAAUUGACUGAAAUUUCAAAUAUCUUAUUCUUAAUUCCUAGAUAUGGUAGAAACAAUUACCCUUCAUAGAUAUGAAGGUCUUAACUUAAAGGUGCUUUUAUCAAAAAUUUGAAUUUCAUGACCCUGGGGCCUCACAUUUACCCUCAGGAAGGUAAAAUUCAAGGAAAAUAACAUUUUAAGCCUCAUUUGUUGAAUUAUCAUUGGAAAUAAUUUGAAGUUGAUUAGAAUGAUCAGUAUAAAAUUGCAAUUUGGUAGUUUGCAUGUAAUUAUGACUGAUUCCCCACGAGGUCAAAAUGGGUCAAAUUGAGAGAAAUAUGUAUUAAAGAACUACCAACAAGUGACUGUUAAGUCCCAUUGACAUCUUGUUUGUAUAAUAUUUGUUAUUUGAUACCUGAAAUGUUGACAAAGUCGGAAAUCACCUGAAAUGUGAAAUGUUGACAAAGUCAGAAAUCACCUGAAAUGUUGACAAAGUCGGAAAUCAUAUGACUGUUAUUGUGUUAGUA